GUGCGCAAUAGAUCAAUAGAAUGUAAAAUCUAUAAAUUUUCCUCGCAUUUUGUCAUAUUAUUCAGUUGGAUUUUCGAACAGUUACAGUUAGCAUUUGGAUUCGACUAAAUAAUGAUGAAACACAUAUUAAUAUUCAUCGCUAGCGCUCUGCUAUUGCUGCAAUUGUCUCACGCUUUUCCACGUACAAAACGUAGUUCAGUAACUUUACUUGCGCUCUUCCAAAACUCGUCCUCCGAAGAAGUGGAUUCGAAAACACAGCUUGUGGUUACAACUUUAGACGAUAUAACUGAAAUUUCGAGGUGGGUACUCGAAAAGGGUAGCGUAGUCGUCAAUAAUGCUGUGAAGGAACUGGAGCUUCUUCCAGACAAAGACGAACUCUUGCGAGCGAAUAUAACACGCAUGUCUAAAAUCGCAACAGAAGCUUCUCAAGUGAAACUGGUUGAAGAUGAACAAAGCAUUUUGAAACUCUUAGAUUACAUGGUUACUUUUUCCGAAAUGAUGGCGGACUAUGAAAAUAUGCCCUACUAUUCGAAGCAGAAGGAAGCUUUGAAGACUGCUUUGGAAAAUAAUGGCUACAAUAAGUUCGAGAAGGGAUACGAGGAAAAGGUCUUACAACUCACCAAGGACUUUGACGAGAAAUUCAGUAAAUAUGUCAGCGGAUUAACACCGGCCGAUAGAAUAACUGAAGCCAAAUUGCUAAAAUGGUACGACGACUACAAAGCUGAAACGGAUGAGGAAAAGAAAUUUGAAAAAUUCGGCGAAUUCUUUGACAAUGUGUCUUAAAAUCCAAAUAUAGAAAUCAAAAUGUGCUGCGUUAUGAUAUUCUUGAUAUUACAAGAAUAGUUUUAUUUAACUACUAGUACACCCGUUCACAUCUUGUUGUGGAUAAGCUGUACAUUAAAUUAUAGUGAAAUGAAUGUUAUUGACGAAUAAAAUAAAAUAAUGAAAUAAUGAACACGA